CGUCAAAAGAGCUUCUGUCUCCGGUUCUGAAAUACGUUAUAACUGGAGUAUCUGCAAUGUCGUCUGUGAAAGUGCUAGCCCUUUUGGCAGUGAUCGGUUUGGUGGCACUGUCCUCCGUGGAGGGCAUCAGCAGGCCCCUGCCUCCCUACGUGGGUCUGCCCACCCAGGAUGGCCUCACCCGGCUGUUCCUCAACUCGCGGGUCACGCAUCGCGAUCCCUUCGCCUCGGUGGCCUGUUUCGGCGGCUACAUCGGUGAAUCCAACCUGAUCGCGGAACUGUACAGUGCCAACUUCACCGGUUGCGCCAAGGCGUCGGCGAACUCGAGGAAGGGCAUCGAUACCGACUUCCUGGCCACUCGCAGGACCAUCCGCCUCUCCUCCGAGAGGGUUUGCCAGGAGCUCCAGGUUUGCAAUGGGAUCAACGGAACCCUCGACUCCUUCAACUGUCACGCGCGUGUGGGCUCCAACAACACCGUCUCCACGUACAGCAUCUCGGGCAAUGCCUCCGAGUCGGCCAGCUUGUUGGAGGAGCGUUACCGAGUGGUGGAUCUGCAGUACGACCAGUGCUGCCGCAAGGCGGAGCGCCAUUACGUGGAGUCCACUGCCAAGAACUACAACCACCUGCAGGCCUGUUUGGAUGGCCGGGUUAAGCCGAAGCCCAUGCCCAAGCCCACAACCACGACGUCCACGACGACCACCACCACCACUACUACGGAGGCACCCACCGAGCCACCAACCACCACCGAGACCCCUUUAAACCUGGACGAUCAGUUCAAGCAGCUUUUGAAUUUGUUAAACUAAUGCCCACUAAAGUGUACAACUUUCUCAAGAAGAAGCUAAGUAAUUAAAGAAAGGGCAGUCCCUAGGCAAACACACACAAUCCUUGGGCAAACACAAGCUCAACUCGAAA